AUGGUUUCCGCCGCCGCCUCCUCCCUCGAGGAUCUCGUCAUCCACUGUCCCUUUUUCGGCCGCAGCCUCGCCUCCUGCCUCGCCCUCUGCGACCGAUCCCUCCGCUCCCUCGAUCUCCGCAUGAACUUCUUCGACGGCGGGCUCGACUGCGUCAGCCUCGCCAAAGGGUUAGAGUCUCUCAAGCUCUGGCAUCCCUCCCUGAUUUCUUCUCCCAAUUGGGGUUUGCCCGCCUACGGGAGAUUGUGCAAAUUGGAGCUGGUCGGCGGCAUUGUUCUCAGCGAACAUUUGGCCGACAUGAUGCGUGCUUGCCCCCAUCUCACUGACUUGAUUCUAAUUAGAUGCUGUUCGGAAGGCGCGAUCUCGAUUGAACUGGAGCGAUUGGAGAGAUGCAAGUUGGACCUCUAUUUUACAGUGCAUUGUUCCCUAAAUCUGAACUCGCCGAGGCUUCAAGACCUUGAUAUCCAAGGAUUUUACCAGAUUCGAGUCGGCCAUAAUCACCGGUUAAAGAGGCUUUCCAUCGCAAACAGUGAAGGUAAUGUGACGAUGGUGGAUGUGGGGAAUCUACCGGAGCUGGAGUAUUUGUCGAUCGAAGGUCAACAUUGGUAUUGGAGUGAGAUAAGGUCUCUUCUACGAAAUGCAAUUGAGGUGGAGCACUUGGCCAUUAACAUUGAAUAUUCUGGCGAUUUCCUUGAACCAGAAACUUUUCCAGCGAUUCAAUUGGAAGAAUUCUUCAGCAACCACAGGAAACUACAAGUUGGAGGACAUCCACGGUGCGUUCUUCGCAGCAUUUCAGCAUGGUAUUAGUCCAGAAGAUUUGGAGCUAGAGUUCAUGAUUUCUUCCUCUCUCGAGGAGCUGAUCGUCACAGUGAGCUCGCCGCUGCAUUUGAAGGAGAAGGCGAACACACUCGAAUAUUUGCUGUAGCAUUGCGUGAAGCUGCGGAGGAUAUUGAUCAGAAUCUCGCAGAUGGUCAGUGAAGAGAAGGUUGAUGAUUUCUUUGAAGAUAUUGGCAAUAUCAGGAACUUGUACUGCACGAUCGUCCAGAUUGACUUACAAUUAUCUACCGUGCCUGUGUAAACUAUACCAUGCAGCUCUCUAUCAGUUCUAAUGCCUGCAAGAUUAUUAAUCCUUCGCAUGUGGUUUGAGAUUUGCAUAUAAUGGAUAGACUAGCAGAAUAUUUUUAAAAAA